AUGAACCGUAGUGGAAAGAAGGACAGUGAAGCAGUUGAAGACGGAUGAGAGGAAACUGAAUUGAAGUCGUUAUACACACUAAGAUAUAAACUCAAUUGUAUGUACAGUGUUGGUUUAAUGCAGUACCGCUGUAAAGCUCGCUUCAGCAUGUGUAGAGGCGCUUCAGUUAGCUCGCCUGCUAAAAACAUCAGCGUGAAAGAAGACGCUUAACAAACAAAACGAUUAUUAAACAAAACCUUUAACAUAAACCCAGUCACAAUUUGUGUACAGCGGUGUGUGUACACCUACAGCAGCUGAUGACUUGAUGAUUCAUGCACUUUAUUAGGAAAGCGUGUACUUUUCAGGAAUGUCUGUCUGUGAUUGUCUGCAAUGCAGGACGGGCUGAAGACCCGAUAUAGCAUUUGUUUUUCAUUUGUAAAUAAGAGACAGUUGUCUGUGUUAAAUGUGAUUCAGACACAUCUGCUGCCACCCUGAAGCUCAUGAUGGAAGUCUUCAUGUCAAUCUUAAGUGUGAGACAGUGAACAUUUGGGUAUUUCAGCAAGAUGGAAGAUGAUGUGGCUGUACAUUGGGAUACAGUGGAGGAAAGCCCGGGCUGUGGGCAGCCCACUGUUUCUUUGCUCAUUCCAUUUGACGAUGAUGAUGGUCACGUGACUGUGACUCAAGAGCCUGAUGGUGAACAUGAGGCAGGUUUUAACUGUGAAUUCCAUAAUGAAGAAUAUGGAGAUAUGGAUGCAGAAGAUGUGCUAAAUGAAGAAAACUAUUCCAAAAUUGAAGAUCUGAAUGAUGAUCAGGAGGAAGAUGAAAAUUUUGAAAAAGAAAGUACAGAGACAAGUGAAAGACGUGAGAUAAAUGAAUUAGAGAAGGAGUUACAGAUCAAUGGAGAGUCCAGAUCCCGGAUUGCUGGAACCGGGAGGAAAGGAAAGUCCAAGAAAAGUGGAUUGGGGCAAGGGUCAUGUGAUCAUACACCUUUCUGGAUGUCUCCAACAUCCAUUCCUCAAAAAUCCUUUUCAUCUUCUGGACCCAGUAGGCACAAGCAGGUGAGGCGACGGAACCACCAUCUACACAAUCAUGGCCGUGUACGUCGGAAGAAUGGAAUGCAGCUGGUCGUGUCAUGUCGAGAUUUCCUGGCGGAAUCCGUUUGUCAAUGGUGCAUUUCCUGCAUCCAUAUGGUGGUAGACCUCAUAAUUUCUCUGGCGCACCGCUGCGGGAUUGCUGUGGAAUCAUCAGGAAUUGCGCUGUAUGACUUUGGAACAUGUAUGCUGUGCAAGGUCACUGAUAUUCCAGGCAUGAUGCAAGAUUUGCAGCAAAUCCAGAACUGGAGCUGGUGCUCAGCUGUGGCUUUAGUAGAGGGCAUUGGCAGGACUACACUUUGGGCUAGACGCGACUUUCUGUCCGGUCUAAGGAUUCUCUGUGUUGCACUGUGUGUCGGCUCUCAGAUGAUCAGGAGUGUUUUGGUGCGUCUGACAGGAGAGAGAGGCAGGAAGUGGUGGAUUGCUCUCCAGAGCAGCAGGGUCUGGAGGAAAGUGUCUGAUCUGACGGUGAAAAUUCACAGCCGUUUGUUUAAACGAGGCAUCAUGAAUUUCAGUUCAAAUCCAGAGUCACCCAACAGGGGGCAGGAGAAAUGGCAGCCUGGCGAAGAGCUGCAGAGACUGCUGGCACUGGCUAAGGUCCCUGAAGAGGAGUUGGACCCGUUUAAUGUUCUGGGAGUGGAUAUUAAUGCUACUGAAUCAGAACUCAAGAGAGCGUACAGACAACUGGCUGUACAGAUUCAUCCAGACAAAAACAAGCACCCGGGUGCUGGCGAGGCCUUCAAGGUUUUAAGGGCAGCAUGGGACAUUGUCAGUAACCCAGAGACACGGCGAGAGUAUGAACUGAAGCGGGUGGCAGCGACAGAACUUUCUAAAUCCAUGAAUGAGUUCCUGACUAAACUGCAGGAUGAUCUGAAAGAAGCCAUGAAUACUAUGAUGUGCACUAAAUGUGAGGGCAAGCACAAGCGCUUCGAGAUGGACCGUGAGCCUGCUGAGGCCCGAUUCUGUGCUGAAUGUAAUAAAUGGCACAGUGCUGAGGAGGGAGACCUGUGGGCUGAAUCUAGUAUGCUGGGACUGCGCAUCACAUACUUCGCCUUCAUGGACAGCAAAGUCUAUGACAUCACUGAUCUGCUUCAGAUCAUGCAGCUGCUGGAGGUCCACCUGCAGACCUGCAGGACAUCUUCAGCCGCUUCUUCCAGGGUGGAGCUCCCAGUGAUGCGCCUGCUAACGGAGGCUUCUUCCCGGCUGGAACACCACCGCCACCACAUCACGGCUCAGGAGCCCCUGCAGGGACUACAGGAAUGUUUUCAGGAUCUCCUCCACAAAUGGGGUUCUUUAGCCCAGGAGGGCAACGGGGUGACCCCAGCGAACACUGGACUGAAGAAGGAAAGCCCCCGCGCCGGCGCAAGAAAGUUCGCAAGCCAUUCCAGCGCUGAGCAGUGCAAUAUCAUAUGGUCAUGGCUGUUGAGAUGGAGUACUGCCUGUUCCCAUGGUUUGAUGUUGGCCAACCAGUGCAAGAUGAAGACAGAAUCAUUCGGCCUCAGAGGAACAUUUCAUUGUUGGAUUUAUGAAGCGUAGUGAUACUCACUGUAUUGAUAGUUUACCCAAAUUUUUACUCUCAGAGGAGCAAGCGAAGAGAGACGCAAGAAGGAAAAAUAACUUGCUGUUUGGAGUUUGAAGUCCUUUUUUUUUUUUUUUUUUUAAUCACCAAUUUACCAAGAAUAAAAUCACAUUCAUUCCAGAAACACAAAAGUACUUUUUCCCAGUUGCAUUUACACGUUUCUGCUUCAGGCUUGAUUAUUUGAAUCAGAUGUUCAGGAUGUUGCUGUGUGUUUUGUUAUUGUUUGUACUGUCACAUUAGGAUACAUUAGUAUAAAUGACACAGACCUCAGGGAUGACUCUCUCUUCAUCUGCUAUUUGACAGGAAAAAAAUAAGUGAUUUUCAAAUGUUUCUGGGCAUUUGAUAUAGAGGAAUAUAUAUAUAUAUAUUUCAUUUAAUAGAUCACAUGUUUAGGAGGCAAAUAUUUCAAAUAAUAAUUUACUUAUUAUUUGAAAUAUUAUUAUAUUGUAAUAUAUAAUAAGUAUUACAUGACAUGGAAAGUUCACCCAAAAAGCAAAUUCAGAAACUCCCUUAACAGUUUUAUCUCUUUGUAAAAGUGCUUAUUUAAGUCUUUAUAGGAAACAGAAAACCCAAAAAAAAUCACUAAAUUUGAAGAGGCUCUACACUCCAGAAUUAAAAUUAGAUUUUCUUUCCUUCACACAAUUUUCUUCAGUGAUCUUGCAGCCUGUGACUGUGAUUUAAGAAAGAAAUGGAAGAGAUGAGUGUUAGGUCUGUUAGAUUGAGUUACCAUCAACUGGUUUAAUGUGGUUACAGUGCAACUAAAAAAAAAUAUUUUAAAAUAGCUGGACUUUUACAUCUUGACCACAAUUUAUGAUUGACCACACUGUCACGCUAUAGUAAUGACCCAAACUAAACCAAUAAUACAUGAUUGUGUUGAUUAUUACAUUUUACCUGAAUCAUCAAUUUUGUAAAUCAUUUGCUUUGUUAGGUCAGACUCUAUUCUGUUCUUCAUGUUUUACAGAAACAUUAUUCUGAUAAUGCCAAAUUCUGUAUAAUUUCUUUUCAUGACUGAUAAUUGAAGAGGUAUACCAGAAAUAAACAAUCCAUUCAUUUA